UAUGGGUAAAUUUAAAUUGGAAGGCAAGAUGAGCAGGAAAAUGUGACUUGAAAUCAUUGGGAACAUUUGAAUCUUGUUUAGUGUUUUAACGUUUCUUUUUGUUGUUUUUAUUUAAUUUUGUCCGUCUGUUUAAUUUUACACUUUAACUUGUCUUUAAAUAUUCAUCAAUAAUUUGAUUCGUACCUUCAACAAUUCAAUUUCAAUCAUUAAAAUGGCCACUGCUCAUACAGCUCCAGGACUUCACGUUGAAGUAGCUAAAGCUAUGUUUGCCAAACGUAAUCCUGAACUUGAGGAAAAGGUAUUGAAAUGGAUUGGUGAAAUUAUUGGUGAAAAGGUUCCCAAAUAUCAAGGUACACCUUAUGAAGAAGCCUUGGCAGAUGGAGUUUUCUUGUGCAAGUUGAUGGAAAAGUUGAAUCCUGGUUCUGUAAGAAACAUUGAUUUGGAACCUAAACAUGCUUUUAAGAUGUUUGAAAAUGUUGCCAAGUUUUUAAGAGCUGCUCAAAAAUUUGGUGUACCAGAAGAUGAUCUCUUCCAAACUGUUGAUCUGGUUGAAAAGAAAAAUGUACCACAAGUAACAGCCACGAUCGUUGCUGUUGCUCGUGCCUGUUGGCUUCAUCCAGAAUUCAAAGGACCUUACUUGACUGGAAAACCAGCUGAGCCUCAGCCAAGGCAUUUUGAUGAGAAACAAUUGAAAGAAAGUGCUGCUCUUGGUUCGCUCGCCUUAUAAUCCAAAUGACAAUUAAUUUGUAUCGACUGAUACUUAACCACUGAGCUUCGCUGCAAUUUUAAUCAACAUUCUGGCACAAACUCAUCAGCACUUUAUAAUUGAAGAAUCGGCUUCAAUUACUUCUCUCUUGUUAAAUUUGCUGUCUUUAUAACUGUUGAGUUACUUCAUUUGAUCAUGUUUCAGUCAAUAUCUUGAUUGAUCAACUGUUUUAAAAAGCUUUCAAGCUUAUUAUUAUUGUUAUGUUUAUUGUUAUUCAAAAACAUUUAUUUCUGGGAAUAAACAAUAUUUUUAAUGUGCAUCGAUAAA